AUGGCAAUUGAAGGGAAAAAUGGCAUUUACCUUGUUCCAUUAAAUAUGGGUGACGUGGACGAUAUUUUUUGUGGGAUAUUAAAAAGUAAAGAACACCUGAAAAGUGGAAUACCUUUUAUUGAAAAUGUAGAAACCAAAGAACAUGUAGAAGUGUAUAUAACAAUGACCCUCAAGAAUAUCAAGACGAAGUGUUACACAAUACGAAAAGACACGACGUUUUGUGGGAUAAUUAAUUUGGAUUUGAAUGACCAAUUCAAUAAAGUGUGUGAAAUUGGGUAUUGGCUCACAAAAGAAGAGACAGGAAAAGGUGUUAUGACAAAUGCUUUGUUUUCUUUGUCAAAUUUUGCACUUAAAAAUUUGCAUCUCCACAGAGUCGAAUUGCGCGUUGAAACUACCAAUUUCAAAAGUCAAAACGUUGCAAUGCGGAACAAUUUUGUCAACGAAGGAAUUGAACGCAAAAGACUCUUUCUCGAUGGGAAAUACCGCGACUGUUAUAUUUAUUCACUUCUUGAUGAAGACCUUUAA